AUGGGGAUUCCCCUUAAUCUUCCCAUCAUGAAGAUCUUUGGCCAACUCCUCCUCCUCCUCUCCAUCCUCGCCUCCUCUUAUUCAUACGCUCUCACCGACGCCGAAGCCGCCUUCAUUGCCCGUCGACAACUCCUCAGCCUCUCUAAGAAUGUCGACCUCCCCGACGACUUCGAAUUCGACGUCAAGGUCGGGUUCGAAUUCGCUAGCCCGCGCAUUCGACGUGCCUACAUUGCCCUUCAAGCUUGGAGACACGCCAUGUACUCCGACCCCUCCAACAUCACCGGAAAUUGGGUCGGCCCCAGCGUGUGCAACUACAACGGCGUGUUCUGUGCCAAAGCACUCGAUGACCCUUCUCUCGACGUCGUCGCCGGCAUCGACAUCAAUGGCGCAGACAUCGCAGGCUAUCUACCAAACGAGCUCGGUCUGCUCACCGACAUGGCACUCUUCCACAUCAACUCCAACAGGUUUUGUGGGAUCAUCCCCAAGAGCUUCUCGCGGCUAGUGCUCCUCUACGAGAUCGAUGUCAGCAACAACCGCUUUGUGGGGCCAUUUCCCAUGGUGCUUGUUGGCCUACCAUCCUUGCGGUACCUUGAUCUCCGCUACAAUGACUUCGAGGGCCCUUUGCCGUCGGAGCUCUUCGACAAGAAUCUCGACGUCGUCGUCUUAAACAACAAUAGGUUCACCUCAGGCAUCCCUGAGAAUUUCGGCAAUUCGACUGCGUCGGUCAUUGUUUUGGCCAACAACAAUCUCGGCGGGUGCAUUCCCAGUAGCGCCGGGAGGAUGGGAACCACACUCAAUGAGUUGGUGUUGUUGAACAAUGGGCUCGUCGGCUGCUUGCCGUCGGAGAUCGGGCUCCUCGGCAAUGUCACCGUGCUCGAUGCGAGCUGGAAUUCGUUGGUCGGCAUGCUUCCGACGAGCUUUACCGGAUUGAGUAAAGUGGAACAAUUGGAUCUGUCCAACAAUGUCCUCACUGGGGCGGUGACCAAGAAUGUUUGUGGCUUGUCUAGCCUUGCUAAUUUUACAUUCUCUAACAACUAUUUUAGUGUGGAAGACGCUGAGUGCGUGCCGUCGUUGAAGAAAUCUGAUGUCUCGUUUGAUGAUCAAGGCAAUUGUCUGGAGAAUAGGCCGGGGCAGAAGCAGGGGAAGGUAUGUUUGCCUGUGGUCAGCCACCCAGUGAAUUGUAGCAAACAAAAUUGUGGAUCUUCUCCCGGCUCUUCUUCGACUCCGUCGCCAUCAGUGGCAGCUCCGGCUCCGAAGGCAACCACACCAAAAUUACCGAAAUUGACACCGAUAUCUCCGGCGUCGCCUUCAAAGAAUCCGAAGACGCCACCGACUCCCCAACCGUCACCUGGACAGGAAACACCAACACCUUCAAAGCCAUCGUCAAAGCCAGUGACACCAUCAUCUCCAAGACCAUCAACACCGGACUCUUCACAACAACCAUCACCGAAGCCUGUGACACCAUCAUCUCCAAGACCAUCAACACCAGAUUCUUCGCAACAACCAUCACCGAGGCCUGAAAAAGCAUCAUCCACGUCGCCUCCUGAGAGCUCUCAUGAAUCAACCCAAACUCCUCCACCAUCAUCUCCAUCUUCAAUGGCGUCACCGCCGAAACAGGUACCGCAUGAUCAAUCACCGGUGCAAAGAUUCCGUGCACCGCCUCCUCCUAGAUCGACAUCAGAGGCGCCGACGCCAAUGCCCUCACCGCAAACGCCACAGGAAGCAAAGAGCACGCCGCCACAAUCAUCUCACUCGCAAACAACUCCGGUUAACUCUCCACCGAUACCGAUGGUAAAUUCACCUCCUAUAACAUCACCACCUCCACCUCCUGAAGUGCAAACUCCACCGUCGAAAAUGGAUUCAUCGCCGUCUCCUUCGGUACAAUCCUCUCCACCAAUCGUUCAAUCAACACCACCACCAGCUCCGUUACAAUUUUCUCCACCUCCACCAGUCAGUAAAUCUCCACCUCCAGUAGCAAAUACACCCCCACCGACAGUGGAUUCACCACCAUCUCCUUCAGUGCAAUUAUCUCAAUCACCACCACAGACUUUGUUGCAGUCUCCUCCACCACCAUUGCGCUCCCCGCCUCCUCCAACACAAUCUUCUCCACCGCCUCCUGUACAAUCUCCCCCUCCUCCAGUGUAUUCACCACCACCACCACCGGUGCAAUCCCCUCCACCACCAAUGUACUCACCACCUCCUCCACCUCCAGUCCAAUCACCACCACCACCAACACAAUCUCCUCCGCCUCCAGUCCAAUCUCCACCUCCGCCAUCACCAACACAAUCUCCUCCACCACCAGUCCAAUCGCCACCUCCGCCAUCACCAGCACAAUCCCCACCACCACCCGUUUACUCACCACCACCAACACCAGUAUAUUCUCCUCCACCACCAGCAACGUAUCCACCCCCACCUCCAACCUCCUCCUCCACAUCAUCACCACCACCACCACCACCAACAACAACAACAACUUCAUCUCUUUCUCCUCCUUCAACAGAAACCCCAGAAACCCCAGAGCAGUUCAAUAUCUUGCCUCCGGUUGGUGGGUUGAGCUACGCAUCACCACCCCCACCAAUCUUCAAAGGCUACUAAAUUUAAAUAUCAACACUUUCAUGUA